CUGCAGCCUCCUGAGAUUCCCCCCUCCCACCCAGGCCGAGACCUGGGGGCUCUGGCCGGAUCCAUGGGGGCAGCAAGCUGCGAGGAUGAGGAGCUGGAAUUUAAGCUGGUGUUCGGGGAGGAAAAGGAGGCCCCCCCGCUGGGCGCGGGGGGGUCGGGGGAAGAACUGGACUCAGAGGACACCCCACCAUGCUGCCGUCUGGGCCUGGGGGAGCCCCCUCCCUAUGGCGCUGCCCCUAUUGGCAUCCCCCGGCCCCCACCCCCUCGGCCUGGCAUGCACUCCCCACCACCCCGCCCAGCCCCCUCACCUGGCACUUGGGAGAGCCAGCCAGCCCGGUCAGUGAGGCUGGGGGGGCCGGGAGGGGGCUCCGGUGGGGCUGGGGGAGGCCGUGUUCUUGAGUGUCCCAGCAUCCGCAUCACCUCUAUCUCUCCCACUCCUGACCCGCCAGCUGUGCUGGAGGACAACCCAGAUGCCUGGGGGGAAGGCUCCCCCAGGGAUUACCCCCCACCAGAAGGCUUUGGAGGCUACCGAGAGGCAGGGGGCCAGGGUGGGGGCCCCUUCUUCAGCCCGAGCCCUGGCAGCAGCAGCCUGUCUUCCUGGAGCUUCUUCUCAGAUGCCUCCGAUGAGGCAGCCUUGUAUGCAGCCUGUGACGAGGUGGAGUCUGAGCUAAAUGAGGCAGCCUCCCGCUUUGGCCUGGGCUCCCCACUGCCCUCACCUCGGGCUUCCCCUAGGCCGUGGACCCCUGAUGACCCCUGGAGCCUGUAUGGUCCGAGCCCUGGAGGCCGGGGUCCAGAGGAUAGCUGGCUACUCCUCAGCGCUCCUGGGCCCACCCCAGCUUCCCCACGACCUGCCUCUCCAUGUGGCAAGCGGCGCUAUUCCAGCUCGGGAACCCCAUCUUCAGCCUCCCCAGCUCUGUCCCGCCGAGGCAGCCUAGGGGAGGAGGGUCCUGAGCCACCUCCAGCACCCCCAUUGCCUCUGGUCCGGGACCCGGGCUCCCCUGGCCCCUUUGACUACGUGGGGGCCCCACCAGCCGAGAGCAUCCCCCAGAAGACCCGGAGGACUUCCAGCGAGCAGGCGGUGGCCCUGCCUCGGUCUGAGGAGCCUGCCCCAUGCAAUGGGAAGCUGCCUUCGGGAGUAGAGGAGGCCGGGGCUCCUCCCAGUGGUCCUCGGAAGGAGGUUGCUGGCAUGGACUACCUGGCAGUGCCUUCCCCACUGGCUUGGUCCAAGGCCCGGACUGGGGGACACAGCCCCAUCUUCAGGACCUCUGCCCUCCCCCCACUGGACUGGCCUCUGCCCAGCCAGUAUGAACAGCUGGAGCUGAGGAUCGAGGUGCAGCCCCGAGCCCACCACCGGGCCCACUAUGAGACAGAGGGAAGCCGGGGAGCUGUCAAAGCUGCCCCUGGUGGUCACCCCAUUGUCAAGCUCCUAGGCUACAGUGAGAAGCCACUGACCCUACAGAUGUUCAUCGGCACCGCAGAUGAGAGGAACCUGCGACCUCACGCUUUCUAUCAGGUGCACCGUAUCACAGGCAAGAUGGUGGCCACGGCCAGCUACGAAGCUGUAGUCAGUGGUACCAAGGUGUUGGAGAUGACCCUGCUUCCUGAGAACAACAUGGCAGCCAACAUUGACUGUGCCGGAAUCCUGAAGCUUCGGAAUUCAGACAUUGAGCUGCGGAAGGGUGAGACGGACAUCGGGCGCAAGAACACACGCGUGCGGCUGGUAUUCAGGGUACACGUGCCCCAAGGCAGCGGGAAGGUCAUCUCGGUGCAGACAGCAUCGGUGCCCAUCGAGUGCUCCCAGCGCUCAGCUCAGGAGCUGCCCCAGGUGGAGGCCUACAGCCCCAGUGCCUGCUCCGUGACGGGAGGGGAGGAACUAGUGCUGACUGGCUCCAACUUCCUGCCAGACUCCAAGGUGGUGUUCAUCGAGAGGGGCCCUGAUGGAAAGCUGCAAUGGGAGGAGGAGGCCACAGUGAACCGGUUGCAGAGCAAUGAGGUGACGCUGACCUUGACCAUCCCUGAGUACAGCAACAAGCGGGUGUCCCGGCCAGUCCAGGUCUACUUUUACGUCUCCAACGGGCGGAGGAAGCGCAGUCCUACCCAGAGUUUCAAGUUCCUGCCUGUGAUCUUCAAGGAGGAACCUCUACCGGACGCAUCUCUCCGGGGCUUCCCUUCAGCAUCGGGCCCCCACUUUGGCUCUGACAUGGACUUCUCACCACCCAGGCCCCCCUACCCCUCCUAUCCCCAUGAAGACCCUGCUUAUGAAACUCCUUACCUGUCAGAAGGUUUCAGCUAUGGCACGCCCCCUCUGUACCCCCAGACGGGGCCCCCACCAUCCUACACACCUGGCCCGCGGAUGUUCCCUGAGACUGGGGGUACCACAGGUUGUGCCCGCCCACCUCCAGUCUCAUUCCUUCCCCGGCCCUUCCCUAGUGACCCCUAUGGAGGACGGGGCUCCCCCUUUCCCCUGGGGCUGCCGUUCCCUCCUCCAGCCCCCUUCCGGCCUCCACUGCCUUCAUCCCCACCACUUGAAGGCCCCUUCACUCCCCAGAGCAGUGUUCACCCCCCACCUGCUGAGGGAUACAAUGAGGUAGGGCCAAGCUAUGGCCCUGGGGAGGGGGCUCCGGAGCAGGAGAAGUCCAGGGGUGGCUACGGCGGCAGCUUCCGAGACAGUGUCCCUAUCCAGGGUAUCACGCUGGAGGAAGUGAGUGAGAUCAUUGGCCGAGACCUGAGUGGCUUCCCUGCACCUCCUGGAGAAGAGCCUCCUGCCUGAACCAUCGCCUGGCCCCCACUCCCCCCUGCCCUGCCCACUUUCCCUUCCUCCUGGGAUGGUGGUUCCAGAGGCUUGGGGGCCAAUCUGGUUCCUCUUUCCCCAGUUUCUUGCCUGCUCUCCCCUGCCCUCCCUUCCCUCCCCUAGCUGAGGUGUGGCCCCUGGGGCCUGGU